CACUGAUAUACAGGUAGUUUAUGCUGUUACACGAAGCAUUUCUAAGCCAAAAUGUCAGAACUAUGCACCUAAAUCGUGAUAAGUAAUCAAUAGGGGUGUUGGAUGACCUGCUACUUCAAACAAUUCCAAGAUCUUCAAAGGACUUCUCUAUCUACGGCGAUUGCCAUGCAUGACUGCAAACAAAUACAAAUAUAAUUGGCUCCUCCUCAAAUAUAAUUGAAAUAAAAUAAUAAUGCGCCUAGCGCGCUUGCUGAAUUAGGUCUAGUCACCAAAUAACCCUCAGUUCCGGUCUCUCAAUCCCUCAUUCCGUCAUCCCCAUUCCGACCCAACUGAUAGGUUAGGUUCUAUACUAGUAGAAACACUCAUAAUAAGACGGCGGCCAACAUGAAGCUCUACGCUAUCGGAGAUCUCCAUCUCAGCUACGAGUAUAACCGCAAAGCGCUUGCUGAGCUAAAGCCGCACCCGGAGGAUGGAUUGAUCCUAUGCGGCGAUGUAGGCGAGACGGAUGAGCACCUUGAGCUCGCUUUCUCCCUCGGCAAACGCCACUUCAAACAAGUCUUCUGGUGCCCGGGAAAUCACGAGCUGUAUAGCGUGCCAGCCGCCCAACCUGAUGCGAUUAAGGGCGAGGAGAAAUACCAGCAUUGCGUUGAAGUCGCGCGCGAACACGGCGUGCAUACCCCCGAAGACGACUUCGUCCGGUGGGACGGCGAGGGUGGACCGGUGCUUAUCGCGCCCAUUUUCACGCUUUACGAUUAUAGCUUUCGCCCUGACCAUGUCACCCGCGCCGAGGCUGUCAGCUGGGCUGAGGAAACGGAUACCGUGGCCACGGAUGAGUUUAUGCUGCACCCGGAUCCGUACCCUUCGCGCGACGCUUGGUGUCAUGCGCUGGUAGGUCGGUUCGAGAAGAAACUCGAGCAGGCGAGGAAGGAUUUCACGAAUGAUGAUGGAGAGCCAUUGCCGAUUGUUCUGAUUAACCAUUGGCCGCUGCGCGAGGAUCUCGUGUAUAUUCCUAGAGUACCGAGAUUUAGUCUCUGGUGCGGGACUAAGAAGACGGAGGAUUGGGGGAAGAGGUUCGGGGCUAAGGUUGUGGUUUCUGGGCAUUUGCAUGUGCCGCGCACGGACUGGAAGGGAGGAGUCCGCUAUGAGGAGUGUAGUUUGGGGUAUCCCCGACAGUGGCAGGAUAUUCGCGCUGCUGGGAAGGAUAUUAAUGAUUUGCUCCGUGAGGUUCUGCCCGGUCCGUCGCCGCCGCCUGGUGGGGAGGCCGAUAUGGAGUGGCGACGGUGGGGUUGAUUGCCUGACCAUAUGCAUUGAUCGACCGGGAGACGGACGGAUGGACCCGUGGAAUUGCGGCGCAGUGCAGCUUUGAUGAACUGGCCGCUGGGUAUUGUACCUUUUUCAACGAAAUGGUAUAUGAUGUCGAAUGGACUUGCAUGAAGUUAUGAGGAUACAAUUGCGAUGCCGUGGGGA